AUUACAUUGAACAUUUCCAAGUGACAGGCUAUACUAAAUAUCAUUUGUUUUUUUAUUCAACGUUCAUAUUUUCUAUAGUGUAUUUAGUAUCAGCAUUGCACUCGUGCGUAGUCGGGGUGUAAUAUUUUUUUAGUAGUAUAAAACUACCAAUUAUAAUAAAUUGAGUUCCAGUGGCAACACUAUCGCGUUCGAUUGUGGUAGUUUUGCGUGUGUUUUAAACCUGGUAACACUGCCAUUGUGACGUCACAUGAAAUAGGCUGACGACAUCUUUUUAGACUCCGUAAUAAAGUGAUUUUCAGUGGUUUUUCGUAGUGUUUGUACAAUUUGUAGUGUUUUUGAACAAAUAUAAACUAAAAAUUAACUAAGUGUUGUGUAAAAAUUUCACUCGGUGCGAUGGGCCACCAAUAAUUUUAGUGACAACGAGUGAUGAAGAAAAAAGAAAAUGGCUACCUUUGAACGCAUGUUGUUAGCCAGGAAACAUUUAAUUAUAAAUGAGAGAUACAAUGUUAUUCGCAAAAUCGGCGGCGGCAGCUUCGGAGAUAUCUUUCUGGGAAUAAAUGUGCACGAUGGAGAGGAGGUAGCAGUGAAGGUUGAGUCUAUGAAAGCGCGGCACCCGCAGCUUCUCUAUGAGAGCAGAGUGUAUAAGAUGAUCCAAGGGGGCAUCGGCAUACCACAUAUAAGAUGGUAUGGCUACGAGAAGGACCACAACAUCCUUGUGAUGGACCUCCUUGGUCCCUCACUAGAGGACCUUUUCAACUUCUGCUCCCGCCAGUUCACCAUCAAGACUGUUCUUAUGCUGGCAGAUCAAAUGCUGGGCCGCGUGGAGUACCUCCACUGCAAAUGCUUCAUCCACCGUGACAUCAAGCCGGACAACUUCUUGAUGGGCAUCGGCCGUCACUGCAACAAGCUCUACAUGAUCGACUAUGGGCUUGCCAAGAAGUACCGAGAUUUGCGCACGCGCACUCACAUUACAUACCGCGAGGAUAAGAACCUCACCGGUACGGCUCGGUACGCCUCGAUAAACGCCCACCUCGGCAUCGAGCAGUCACGGCGGGACGACAUGGAAUCGCUUGGAUACGUACUUAUGUAUUUCAACAGAGGUUCCUUGCCAUGGCAAGGUUUGAAGGCGAUCACCAAAAAGCAGAAAUACGAACGGAUCAGCGAGAAAAAGAUGUCUACGCCCGUUGAGGUGCUCUGUAAGGGAUUCCCGGCUGAGUUUGCUAUGUAUUUAAAUUACUGCCGCGGAUUGACCUUUGACGAGCCUCCAGAUUACAUGUACCUUAGACAGCUGUUCCGCAUCCUGUUCCGCACGAUGAACUACCAGUACGACUACACGUUCGACUGGACCAUCCUGCGGCAGCGCAAGCAGCACAUGGAGGCCGGCGCCGCGCCCGCCGACCGGCGCUCCCCCUCCGUGCAGCGCCGCGCCGCCCAGCAACCCAGCCAGCCGCCCCCCAACAACGAGUGAAAGAGAUUACGACGUUCGGCAGCCCCGGGCGGCGCCGCCAAGAAGCGCGCGCGGUAGCCGCGCCGCCCCCGCCGGACGCCUGACUGACCACGGACUUGCUCGCUGCGCCCGCUCCCCCAGCCUGUCCCUCGAGUGAGCCGCGCACUCCGCCUGUGACCGCCUGCGCCGCCUGUACCGCCAGUACCGCGGCGCAGGCCUGCUCGGACCAGAAAGCUGCACUGUGGCUGCAAUAUCGAGGACCACUACCGCAGUGGUACAUAUUAUAAUGAUCUUUGUUUGGACGCGUUCCAAUCGUCUUUUGUUUACUGUAUAAUAUUUAACUGUAAAUUACAUUACAGAUGUUGAUACGAUUACACUAGAAAAUGAUUCAUGAUUAAUUCAGUUUGUAGUUAUGUAACUCAAUGAUUGUUUAGUUUUCGAUGUUAGUUUUCUAAUUAGCUAGUGUUCACAUUUGAUUGUUACCUUCGGCGGUAUUUCAAUCUGUUCUCUGUACAUAUGCGAAUUGUGUUGGGAAUACCGCCGGCGACGCGACACGUAACACAUAUAUUGGGCUAGAGUUGUUCAUUAAAAUUGCAGAUUUCUAAUGAAUAAAGUAGUCUAUAUAACAAACGUGAAAAAAUGGUAAAAAAGUAAAAAAAAAACGAAAACAUGUGGUAGUAUGUAAGUGAAUUGAUUUCCUCCCAUUUGAAACGUGCCCUGCCUUACUAAACCGACAUAGUAUUUAAGAUUAUUUUUACUAUUUUGCUUUUACUUUGGCGUAUUUCACUUAUAAAUUGUACAUAGACAUAUGGGCAGAGCGCGUUUCAAAGGGGCUCGGUAUGGCGGUAUAUCUUAUUUGAAGAUUAUAAAAUUGUAAAUAUAUAAGCUAGUAAACUUGUUUUAAUCACUACAUAUUUUUUUAAGAAGCACUAAUUGCGUUUGAUUUGUGGCGUAUUGUGAUACUGCAUGUACUGUUCUGAGCGAGGCUUUGCGCGUGGGAUACUUGGAGAAAUGUUAGCUGGACACGACUUGGUGUUCUAUCUCUCACACACAGUGAAGGUGUCCAAGUUUUACGUUUCUCGUGGCUUCCCUCGCCAAGCUCGACCGGGGCUAUUCUGAAGGUUUCCAAGCAUUCGGAACCUUGUCUUGUAACUGGAGUGAGUUUCAUUUGAGGUUGUAUACUCCUCAGUUUUUCUAAUGAAGAACAUUCCAAUUACCAAACAAGCUCUCAAUCAUUAGACUAAACUAUUCAAUAAUGUUCAUGUUUUUAUACAUACAACGUUUAUCCUUCCAUGUACAUGAAUGAAUGUUAAUGAAGUGAUACUAGUGAACAGGAAACUGACACGUGUAGUCUCGGCGUGAUUGCCGGUGUCGUGGGUAAUAUUUUUUAAAUUGAACACUAAACAAUGCUUCCAUAGUUUGAAUGCUAGAAGUAUCAUAAUACACCAUGUUAUUUCUAAGACAUAACUAUAAGUUUCCGGAAUGAUUAGUGCGAACGAAGUGUGAGCGAACAAAUGGAGACAAAAUAACACAAGUUUAUACCAUGUAUAGUUACAAUGUUGGUAUAUAUGUUUGACCACUGUGAGUGAUAUUAUGGAUCUCAUCCCUUGCAAAUUCGGUUUUAUUUCGAGACUCAGUAACAUUGGUUCAGGACUCGCAUUUUGUCUCCAGUUGUGUGUAUACUCAGUGUGUCAACACUCUAUAAAUUAAUAAACAGUAAUAAACUAA